GAUUGGAUUUCUAAACAAUACUAUCUUCUCUCGAAAUCUUCAUCUUUAUUCUCUCGAGGCGGUUUGAAUUAUUUUUUCUCGGAAAAAGAGAAAAUGAAGGAAAGUGUGGGAAAUCCUCUUCACCUCAAAUCUUUGAACCAUAUCUCGCUUGUGUGUCGAUCGGUUGAGGAAUCCAUGAAUUUCUAUCAGAAUGUUCUUGGGUUUGUUCCAAUCAGGAGGCCUGGAUCAUUCGACUUUAAUGGGGCUUGGUUGUUUGGACAUGGAAUUGGAGUCCAUCUUCUGCAAUCAGAGAAUCCCGAGAAUAUGCCCAUGAAAAAGAAAAUCAAUCCCAAGGAUAACCACAUUUCUUUUCAGUGUGAGAGCAUGGGGGCAGUGGAGAAGAAGCUGAAGGAUAUGGAAAUAGAAUACGUGAGGGCAAUGGUGGAAGAAGCUGGGAUCUACGUGGAACAACUCUUCUUCCACGACCCGGAUGGGUUCAUGAUCGAGAUAUGCAACUGCGAUAACCUGCCGGUGAUCCCACUGGGCGGCGAGAUGGUUCGAUCCUGCUCUCGGAUCAACCUGCAAGUGCUUCAACGUCAGCAGAUACAGCAAGUGGUUCAGCAGUGAGACCCAGCAAUGAGAAUCAUAUGAGAAGAAAGCACACCCGUUCUGCUUUCUUUGUGUAAUGAUCCUAUCUACGUAUGUUUUUUCUUUAGUUUUGUAAUAAAAAACACUGCAAUGUGAUCACGA